CUUAAGAAAAGAGAAACAGAACAAAAUCUCUGCCUCCUUUAAGGCUUUCUUCCUUCUCGUUGUCUCUGUUCAUUUCUACACUCCUCAGAUCUGCAGAGAUGGAGACUUUCCUAUUCACCUCAGAAUCUGUGAAUGAAGGGCAUCCCGACAAGCUCUGUGAUCAGGUGUCGGACGCCAUCCUCGAUGCUUGUCUGGAACAAGACCCAGAGAGCAAAGUAGCAUGUGAGACCUGUACCAAGACUAACAUGGUCAUGGUAUUUGGUGAGAUCACGACCAAGGCUCAGGUUGACUACGAGAAAAUAGUCAGAGACACUUGCAGAGGGAUUGGGUUCACAUCAGCUGAUGUUGGUCUUGAUGCUGACAACUGCAAGGUCCUUGUCAACAUCGAGCAACAAAGCCCCGAUAUCGCUCAGGGGGUUCAUGGUCACCUCACAAAGAAACCCGAGGAGAUUGGAGCCGGAGACCAAGGACACAUGUUUGGCUAUGCUACCGACGAGACCCCUGAGCUUAUGCCAUUAACCCAUGUCCUCGCCACUAAGCUCGGUGCCAAGCUCACUGAGGUUAGAAAGAACAAGACUUGUCCAUGGUUGAGGCCCGACGGUAAGACCCAAGUGACCGUUGAGUACAAAAACGAGGGUGGAGCCAUGAUUCCUGUUCGGGUUCACACCGUUCUCAUCUCAACCCAACACGAUGAAUCUGUCACCAAUGAGCAAAUUGCUUCCGAUCUGAAAGAACAUGUGAUUAAGCCUGUCAUACCAGCUCAAUACCUUGAUGACAAAACCAUUUUCCACCUAAACCCGUCUGGCCGUUUUGUCAUUGGUGGACCUCACGGUGAUGCAGGGCUCACUGGAAGAAAGAUCAUAAUUGAUACUUACGGUGGAUGGGGAGCCCAUGGAGGAGGUGCCUUCUCUGGCAAAGACCCUACCAAAGUUGACAGGAGCGGUGCAUAUAUCGUGAGGCAAGCUGCCAAGAGUGUUGUGGCUUCAGGCCUUGCACGGCGUUGCAUUGUACAGGUAUCCUAUGCCAUUGGAGUGCCUGAACCGUUAUCUGUGUUCGUGGACACUUACGGGACCGGGAAGAUUCCAGACAUGAAUAUAUUGGCUCUGAUAAAGGAAAGUUUCGACUUUAGGCCGGGAAUGAUUUCCAUUAACCUCGAUCUGAAGAGAGGAGGCAAUGGCAGGUUCCAGAAGACUGCAGCCUAUGGCCAUUUUGGCCGUGAUGAUCCAGAUUUCACUUGGGAAGUUGUUAAACCUCUCAAACCAAAGGCUUGAGUUCUCAUGAGAAUCUGUCUUUUUCCAUUACCUGAAACUCGAGAACUUCAAAGCUCGGGUUCUGGAAAUGGAAGAGCAAUCUGCUUUCAUUUAUUUGCUCUAUAUAAUUCUUCUGUAUUCGACUCUUAAGUUGUUUCCUUGACAGUUUUAGCAUUGGUUUAGCUGUUGCUGAGAAUUCUGCAAAGGCAAUCAGUAUGUUUUGAUCAAAUUCCAGUUUGAAUGAAGCAAUUUCUCUUCGAAAUA